UUAAUGACUUAGUAUUUAUAAGGCUCCUUUGGGGUUUUGUUUUCGAAAUUCAUCUAGAAAGGAUUGCUUCCUUUUACAUGUCUUAAAUAGUUUGCUAGCUACUAAAUACAUGUAGAAUAUUGAGUUAUAGGUGUUCUUGUUAAAUAGUCAAAUUUGAUAUAUUUCAUUGACAAUGGUGAAACCAAAAAGGAGGGGAAAAAAUAACAAUAAUAAAUGUAUGGUUUAGCCAAACUUAAUCUCUCUUCAUAGCUUUAUUUUGUUCUCUGUUCUUUAUGUAGUCAAUUAGCAAGAGGAAUGAUACAGUGAAUCUCUGGUGAUGGUGCUAUUUCUACCAGCAAUACAUCUCUCAAUGAAGCCGUUGUUGUCUUUUAGGCAUCCUGCCAUAUGUCUUGUCAUCUUUCCAUGUGACUGCUAUUUUGAUUUUAGUUUUGUUUCUCAUUUGCAUUUCUUUAGUGGCUGAGAUGGCUUAAAAAGUAUACACGGAAAGGGGGAAAACUCACCAAAUAAGCCUUACAAAGUUGGUAUUUUUCGGUUUUAUUUUAUUAGACAUGAACUGCGAUGAGAUUAUACUUGUUAAAGUGGAGCUAAAACGAAAGGUGUUUGUCCAAGAUAAAGUAUAAACAACACUAGCAGGCAAGUAAAGAAAAUUUUCCUUGUAUGAGAGGAAAUUAAAUAUAUGCUCAACAAUUUGGUUAGCAUAACAUUUUUGUUAGUGUAGGAUUCCCCCUCAUCCUUCUAGUGGUCCCCCCCUUCAUGACUUCCACCUUUCUCUCCAUAGAAGCAAAAGUUUUCCAGUUAAAGCAGGUAGGUUGUCGUCAUUGGAAAUAAUAGUUUCAUGUGGCUGCAGGCCCAAAUUAUUGUCUGAGCAAUGCUUGAUUGAGAACAUAAUCUGUUGUGGCACUGUAUAUGACAAUCUAACGGCCCAGAUGUGUCUCGAUGCUUAGGUUUUCUCAUCAAGUGGCUGACUUUUUAAAUGAUAAAGAACUUAUUGUAACAAAUGGAGGUUCAAAAAGUUCUCUCUCUCUCUCUCUCUCUCUCUCCCUCUCUCUCUCUCUUCUGGUUUUUGAUUUCUUGCCUAAUUUUAAGCUCAUAAUAAGAUGUCUGUUUUCAUUGUGGAAUUUAUUUAGUCUGGUAGCUCAUACCAGAAGCAUGGAGCAUGGAACACCAUGUUUGAGAAGUUGUCAUGUAGUGUUUCAAAUUCCAGGAAUGGCGGGCAUGGGAAGCAAAAAAACUCAAAAGAAGACAACUCGGGGAACAGAUGCUCGGCGAGUAGCUGUCUCAAGACCCCAAUCUGGCCUCUCAAAGAACGCCUGCGAAGUUUGCACGUUGUGUGCAGUUGAGACUACUCUUGUUGUCCUCUCCCCAGGUGGUCAGGCUUUUCCUUCUGGCCAUCCUUGUGCUGAUUCUGGAACGAACAGGCUUUACCGGCAUGUGAAGAUAGACGCUGAAAUUAUUCGAGAUUUUGAGGUCCGUCAGGAGGCUGUUCUGCAUAAGCUUAGCAAGGAGUGCGCUCAUCUACAUUACCAGAUAGAAGCUGAGAAGAAACGCGGGGAGAAACUCAAGCAGAUGCAAGUGGAGAAUCCGGUACCGUAUCUGUUGGAUGCACCAAUAGAAAGUCUCAAUAGGCAGGAGCUUUACACACUAAAGGCAAUGGUGGAAGAAGUAAAGGAGAAGGUAGUCAAGCGAAGGAAUGAGCUUGUAGCCCAGGCUUCAACUCCUUCCUCAGCUGCUGAUUGCCCUGGCACUGAUCCAGUAGGUGGUAAUUCUUCAGCUGGUCCUCGAGGCCAUCUCGGCAAUUAACAUGGUUCUUCAUAAUCCACUAGUCGGAGGGUGUGACUUUGUUGUGUUUCCUAUAACACAUGUUAUGAUCUACUCGCUCUCCCAAAUCAAUGUGUUAGACUGGUGGAACUGAAUGUUGAAUUGAAUAAGGAAUAAUAAUCCAUGAAUAAUUUUCUCAA